CACAGAACGUAUGUGAGUGCGUAUGCAUUGACAGACUAGCUAAUUAUACGUUACUAUAUAAGUGGUCGUCCAUGACCAUGUACAAUGAGAAGAACCCAGUGACCAGUUAACCAGCUCUGAUAGACCAACUCACAGAGAAGAAGAAAUCCCGGGGGAAAUUACAUUUGAAAAUGGCAGCCAACACAAUCAAUCCGAUUCCUCUCCUCACUCCAUACAAGAUGGGAAAAUUCAACCUCUCUCACAGAGUUGUUUUAGCACCAUUAACUAGGUCUAGAUCUUACAACCACGUCCCGCAGCCCCACGCCAUAUUGUAUUACUCUCAACGGACAACGGACGGAGGCCUUCUCAUCACUGAAGCAACCGGAGUAUCUGACACUGCCCAAGGGUACCCAGAAACGCCUGGAAUUUGGACCAAAGAGCAUGUGGAGGCAUGGAAACCAAUCGUGGAAGCUGUUCACAAGAAGGGUGGGAUCUUCUUCUGUCAAAUUUGGCACGUCGGCCGUGUCUCCACUUACGGCUUUCAGCCUAAUGGUCAGGCUCCGAUCUCCUCUACCGACAAGGGAGUGACUCCUGGCAUUGACGGAGUAGAUUGGUCCCCUCCUCGACGCCUGGAAAUCGAUGAAAUCCCGCACAUUGUGAAUGAUUUCAAGCUCGCUGCUCGCAAUGCCAUUGAUGCUGGAUUUGACGGAGUUGAGAUCCACGGAGCAAACGGGUACAUGAUCGACCAAUUCAUGAAAGACCAAGUGAAUGACAGGACAGACAAAUACGGCGGGAGCUUGGAAAACCGGUGCCGCUUCGCCUUGGAAAUAGUAGAAGCAGUUGUAAAUGAGAUAGGAGCAGAUAAAGUUGGAAUGAGACUGUCCCCAUUUGCAGACUACAUGGAAUCCGCUGACUCGAACCCUGACUCCCUGGCCCUCUACAUGGCCACUGCAGUCAACAAAUUCAACCUUGUCUAUCUCCAUGUCAUAGAGCCAAGGAUGGUGAAAAUGGGGGAAAAGUUUGAGACUCCUCACAGCCUUGGUCCCAUGAGGAAUGCCUUCAAGGGUACUCUGAUUGCUGCUGGUGGGUACAACAGGAGCGAUGGUAACAAGGCUGUGGAGGAGGGUUACGCGGAUCUGGUGGCGUUUGGACGCUUGUUCUUGGCUAACCCAGACUUGCCUAGGCGGUUUGAGCUCAAUGCGCCGCUUAAUAGGUACAACAGGAGUACUUUUUACAUUCCUGAUCCGGUUAUCGGGUACACGGAUUACCCUUUUCUGGAAGAUCAUGUCCCUGCUUAGAUGGCUAUUGUGAGGAGUGGAUUGUUUGAUAAUCAGUUUGUGGUUUUAUUUGUUUCCUCAUUUCUUUGUAGUAUUGGUUUUACAAAUAAGGGGCUGGAGAAGUUCUUUUUGUAACUUGUGCACUGCUAUGUUGUUGUUGUGACUGCAAAGGAGGAUAGCCCAAAGGCAGAAGCGGAGGAAGAAAAGUACUUUGAAGUGUGUGAAUGUAGCAUUCAAUAAGCUUGAGUAAAUAUGCAUUGCUGUUUUUCUUUUCAACA